AUGAACGGAGCUUACUAUCAACAACAAGGUUUUGGUGGUGGUGCUGGUGGUUUCUAUGGCGGUCAGAAUGCUGGUUACUCCGGAGGCCAGAAUGCUGGUUACUCCGGAGGCCAGAAUGCUGGUUACUACGGAGGUCAGACUGCUGGUUACUUAGAUGGUCAAAGUGCUGGCUUCGUUGGUGGUCAAACUGCUGGUUUCUCUGGUAGUCAAAAUGCUAGUUAUUUUGGUGGCCUAAGCGCUGGUAGUUCUUAUGCUCCAACUGCUAGUCAAAGUGUAACUCAUUCUGCAGCUUCGUAUCCAACGGGAGGUGCUGCGCAGACUGAUUAUCGUCUCAAUCAAAGCAGUUCAUCAUCAAGCGGUUCACUGGUAGCUGAAGGUAAAGUGCAAGCUACUACUGCUAGCGUUCGAGUAAAUGUAGUAUCACAGCAAGAAGGAGAUACAAGUGUUGUUUCAGUAGGAAAUUCUGCUCCGGUUGCAGCACGACGUCAAGCACAAUACAGACGACAAGUUAUUCGAUUGCCCGAUCCACCUCAAGGACCAGCACGACAAGUACGACGCCGUCUUCCUACUCCAGAGCCUGAUGUACUUGAACGAGUUUAUAUUCAACGUGCAGGUCCUGAUAUUAUAGAAGAAAUUACUGAAAUUCCUCAAACACCACCACCACGUGUUCACGAAAAAACUGUUGUUGAACCAGCUGGUCCACCCCGAGUCAUUAAACGCGUAAUUCGUGUGCAAGGACGAAGUGCCGGUGCUGCUUCCUAUCAACAACAAGGUGGCGGUUUUGUUGCAAGUGCGGGUCCAUCCGUUAGCAGUUUUGGUACUGGAGCAAGUUUCAGUCAAGCACAACAAGGAGUUGGUAGUUAUCAACAAGCUCAAGGUGCUGGUCUUGGUGGAGCCGGAUCUUAUGGUGGAGGCUUUCAACAACAAAGCUUCGGUGGCUUUCAAUCUCAAGCUGCAGCACCAUCAGCUGGUGCUCCAAAUGCUUACUGCUUCUAUGUUUAA